UUAUCAACAUGAAGCAGUGGCUUGAAAGAGGGAAUAAUGAUAAUAACUUGUGGCGGAUUUCUGUCCCAGAUGUAUGUCUUAUACCAGAUACAUCUCAAGGAUACCUGAUAGGCCACUAUAACAUCAACAAGCACUCUGUCAUUAUUACAGGAGUUGUACAUACAAUUGAUGAUGUCAUACUUAGGAAAUUACCCACUUCACCCAACUUUGGUAUCUUAGGAGAACUAUCACAUGAAACAGGUGCUAUCAAUCUGAAAAAUAGAACUUUUCCAUACUGGAUAUCUAUAGAUAUCAUCCACUCUGAUUUGCCAAAAAUAACAAUGAUCUCAAAAUCGGAGAAAAAUGGACAUGCCCAGGAAUUAAAAUUGCUGAUAAUUAUCUACAACCCGGGAAUAAUGUUUGCAUCUAAGUUGCUAGAAUCUAAUUUAUCAGACUCAGAGUCAAUUUUGUCAGUGAAUAAUCUGAAAUACUCACAGACUGAAAUGUACAAGCUCAAACAUUUGGAUAUAGGUGGCUCAUGUAUCACAAACUUUUGUCCAGAUGUUAAAAAAAGUGGAUUCAGUAUACCUAUGUGUAUUCGGGCAAUAGUAAUUAACCAACUAGUCUCUCCCUGGUUUAAGAUGGCAGAUAAUAUAAGCCACUCAAAACUAUGGAAAAGUGCUCUAUUCCAAAAGGCUCUCUAUAUUCCCUGUGUUACCUGUCAGUUGCAAAAGAAAUUCUCUCGACUCAGGAAUGUGCUGUUCAAUGAACCAGUCACAGAUAUAGACAAAUUAAGAUGCAGGAAUGAACGGGUGAAGCUGCUACUGGACACAAUUUUGGGGAUCGUUGUGAUGUUCGUCCUGACACAAAGCCACGUCACACAUGAUAUAGCAACAGACACUCUUAGUUGGGCAGAGAUAAUCGCCACUAGGUUGCAGCACCUGUUACAAUGGAUGAUGGGAGUUCCUGCGGGUCUUAAACUCAACAGCCAGUUAGAUCAACUUCUCGGGAAAUUUUUCUUGUAUCAUAUCUACUUGUGGAGAGGUUAUCUUGCAAUCAUUGGUCCCGUACUAGGACAUGUAUUAUGGUAUAUAUCCAUGAUGGGAGUGUUUGGGCUGACCAUACAACUAAGUUUAGUCCAAGAUGUUUUCUCUAUGAUGACUCUACAUAUCUACUGUUUCUACGUCUAUGCUGCAAGACUCUACAGCCUACAAAUAUAUGGCUUAGCCUCUCUUUGGAGGUUAUUCCGUGGGAAAAAAUGGAAUGUUUUACGUCGCAGAGUUGACACAGCAACAUUUGAUGUAGACCAGUUGUUCCUUGGGACGUUACUCUUCACGAUCUUGUUGUUCCUGUUGCCCACUACUGCCCUCUAUUAUGUUGUGUUCACUCUAUUGCGAGUAGUGGUACUGAUGAUACAAGGUACCAUUCAUGCUGUUGUGAGGACAUUGAAUAAGCUUCUAGCUUAUAUCUUAGUACUGAGGCUUAUAGGGUCCAACACACUUAGUAACCAGACACAUCUUACAGUGUUACCUGUACUUCAAGGGCGCCCUCUAUAUCUCUCUAUGCAGGUGGGGCUCCCCAGCUACAGUGAACUGCUAGAACAGUUCCAUAUAAGUCCAUACGAAGAUGACACAAGUGAUUCAUGGUCUAUGAUUGGACAAAAACUUAUCCACGGGGAUUUGAUAUACCCUUGGAUUGAUCGAAUAAGGACGUGAUGCUAUUACUUAUUAUGUUAAAUAUCAAUGGAGAAAUGAACUAUUUAUUCAUAUAGCGAGAUAUGAAAUGAAAGAUGAAUUGACUGGAGUAGGCUUUUAAACAGAUAUUAUAGUGAGAUCUCAUUGCGAGGGAUCGAUAACAUUUCUGAGACAUCAGUGGUUCAACAAGGCUCAAAAUUUCAAAAUUAUGACAGAAUGUUUUAAGAAUGAAAAUACACAGACAAAAUUAGGACUC